CAGUGACACGCACUGUAGAAGAAGAAUAGCGUUCGCCUUCGUGCACUGCCUGCCUGCCUGCUCAUUCCACUUCUGUCGUGGAGGCAGAGAGAUCACUUCCAAAAAGUCCAUGACCAGGCGAAAAGACGGAGAUGAAAACGAAGAUGUCAACGUCGUGACCAACUACGACGAUCUCCUGGACGAAAUGUUCACGGAGCGCAGCGAUACCAGCGAGAAAGACCACGGCCUGACUAUCUCCAUUGACUGGAGUGAGAACACCAUCGAGACGAGACGAAGUGAGGCCGAUCUCACCUCAACCCGCUCGAACGACGAAUCCACCGAGAGCAUGGACUCUGAUAACCCAAGCACAACGAGCUGCGCGGUAGAAAAGUUCCCGGUGCUACUGAGAGCCACUAGCCAUGGAGCAUACUUUGAUUUCCGCAGUUUGGACCCGGAUCAUACAGUGGGGCGUACGCGAGUGCCGUGGCACUCGAAGAGUAUCUCGGACUUAAGAGGCCCCGACACGAAGCCCACUCGAAUCGUAGCGUUCGACGUCGGAGGCAAACUCUUCCGCUGCAAAGAGAGUUUGAUCGCCAAGUACCCUCGUAAGAGACUUAACCAGAUCAUUACGUGCGGAUGCGGCAAGAUCAGUUGUCUGGACGACGCCUUCUUCAUCGACCGCAAUCCACAACACUUCGAGAUGAUUCUGGACUGGUAUCGUACAGGAAAACUUGUACGACAACGCAAUGUGGACGAGGAAUCGUUCAAGGACGACGCGGUCUACUUCGAUCUAUACGACGAGCUUUUCCCAGCAACCCCAUCAGGGGAGCCACCUCAGUCGUGGCCGACUACCAAAGCCCCACCUGGACUACCAGUUCGUAGACGGUCAGUCAACGAUGUCGACUUGGGGCGUAGCAACACCAAACGUGUCAGUAUGUUCGCCAACAUGCCCUCUCCACCUGUACAACAGAAGAAAGAGGUAGAACCUUCAGCUAAAUCGGACGACGAGGAACCACAAGACGUAGCGCUUCCUACCGCUACAGACGACGGUCCGUUGCGGUUCUUCCGACGCGAGAGACGCGUCUUAACGCCCACUAGCAUCCCCUUAGUGUUCAUGAUCCGCAAGUUCGAGCAGUUACUGGUGGAGAGCGUGAAAGGCCGAGGUAAACUCAUGGUACGAGUAUGCGAUGCCACGGGGAUGCAGAAAGUAGACGUCCCUGAAGCCGUACUAUUCGACAGUCACUCCCGGUUCUACCUCAAAGGCGGACGUGCACAACUACAGCACAACGCGUUGCUACCAGGAGACCAAGUAUACACGUUCUGGAUGGAAGAAAACACCAAUGGUGCAAGCGUUCAAGCGUCAACGCCUCCGGCGCUGGAUAUCGACUUCAAACUUAUCUUCAAAUUCGAUCCAGACGACCGGAUCUCUCACUCUAUGGAGGCCGAGCUCGCACGCGCAGCAUCGGAUGGCAACGAUGCUAUUCGCACGCUAACUCCCGAAGGAAUUUCACAGUUAAACGGGAGAACUAACUCGUAUUCUCCCUGUCUAUUCAUGCCUCCAAAACGCGAUACAGAAGUCACUGUACAUUCGGAUGACACCACGAAACCUACCGAGAAAUUAUCAACGUUAUCGAAGAAGAAUGGCGUGAAGCGUGGCAAUCAGAAGCAGGACGUGAAGGCGUCUCCUAUUCGACACGCAGGAGCUUCGAUCGUGCGUGGUCCGCUACCACAUCCACAGGAUAAAGUCACAGUGUACCGACCGGACAAAUUGGAUCUGGAUCCGGCUACCGAGAGCCCUACAUUGCAUCACUCCGAUGCAUCCGACAGAAGGAUCAUCAACCAAAUGGAGUCCGCGUAUCACGAAAUGCAGCCGCGUCUAUUUCGAUGAGUUAACUUGUACAAACGGCUAAUGUGUAGAAAUGCAGAAUGUCUAACGCUAAGAAACACGAAUCGUUGUAUGUACGAUCACACCCCUUGAGGCAAGAGCGAC